UAUGUAUAUACUUUUAAGAAGAAUUCUUCCUCUUAUCACCAGAAAUGCUAACCAUAAAGUUGCCUCAAAUCUUCAGGGUCCAUCAAGUACCUCGGAUUUUCUGGGAAGAAGGCAUCGUGUCAGGAUACCGACACCCCAAAAGUUCUGCCUUGGAUUGCGUCCUCAGCUCCUUCCAACUGAACAACGAAACCGUCAAUAUUUGGACUCAUUUUCUUCCGACUUGGUAUUUCUUAUGGCGGUUUGUGAUGCUCUCCUCUCGCCUGGACUUCCGCAGUGACACCUACAGCUGGCCCUUCCUGGCUUACAUGGCGCUGGUCUGCCUCUAUCCCUUCGCCUCGAGCUGUGCUCACAUCUUCAGCACCAUGUCCACCCAUGCGCGACACAUCUGCUAUUUCUUGGACUACAAUGCCCUCAGCCUCUACAGUUUGGGCUGUGCAUUCACAUAUGGCGCCUACGCGAUGCCGGAUCGUUGGGUCAACAGCCUGGGGCACCACUGGUUUGUCCCCAUGGCUGCUAUAAAUUCCUUCUCCUGUUCCUCCUCCUCCUCCCCCUCCAGGUUCCUAGAGCUGGAGUGGCCCCGUUGGAGCAAGACCGCCCGGACAGCCGCCUUCGUCUACCCGUUCUUCUUCGACAACAUCCCGCUCUUCUUCAGGCUUUUGUUCUGUUUUGGCGAUGAUUGUACGUGGAACGACUCCGUGGCCAGUUAUUUCUACCACCUUUUCUUUGCCUUGCUGACCGGCUUCCUCUUCGCGUCGCAUCUGCCGGAACGGCUGGCUCCCGGUCGCUUUGAUUUCAUCGGUCACAGCCACCAGCUGUUCCACAUCUGUGCCGUAGUGGGCACCCAUUUCCAGCUGGAAGCCAUCCUGAGCGACAUGAACACACGACGGACAUGGCUGAGCACUCACACCCCGCCGGCCAUGUUCACCCGUACCUUUGCCGUUCUCGGUGCCACCUUGAUGGGCAAUCUCUUCCUCUUUGCCGCCUUCGCCGUGGCCCUCUUCCGCUUGCCGGCGUCCAUCCGGAUCCUGCAGGGCAGCCUGGCCGAGUCGGAGGGAUCCAAGGAGAAGUAG